UUAAUGACUAGCGUCGAAUAACGACUGUUUAUCUCUAUUGGUAGUGAAGAGUGUAACGCGACGUGUGUUUGAGAGAUAAAAGUGUGACUUCUUAUCAACGUUAUCGGUUGACUCUUGGCGUGGCCAUUCUCCGGAUCCACGCACCUCGCAGUCACGCGUAAAAAGAGUAAGAUACUUGAUAUACGUUCCUGCAAGCCUGCUAAUAAUAACUAAAAAACAAUGGCAUCGGCUUUGGCAUUUUUCGCGAUCCUCUUCGUCCUUUUCGUCGGUUUUAGCCAGCCAACUUGCGGGCAGGAAGAAUACGGCACUGCGAAAAUUGGGGAAAACUGCGAACGGGACUAUCAUUGCAUCAAGAAUGCUUUUUGCCUAGCCCAAAGCACCUGCCGAUGUGAACCCCGUUAUCUACCUGUUCCGGACUUCAGCGCCUGCAUUCCUACCAUCGGUCUCCAUUGCAGUAGCGAUACAAACUGCACAGGAAUGUCGAAUGCGGAGUGCAAGCAGAAUGUUUGCGCUUGUAAGGAAACCUUCACGGUUGACAUCACGAACUCCUCCAAUUGCCUUGCAAGGCCCGUAGCCGAAAAGGAUCGUUGCCAAAGGAAUGACGAUUGCACAGAUUCUCUGCAGCGUGCUCUGUGCAUAAAUGGUCUUUGCCAAUGCUUGACUAGCCAUCAUUUCACCCUGACGACCGGAACCUGCGUCAAAUCUGCAGGUUUAUUGGAAACGUGCGAGGCGGAUUAUCAGUGCUUUUCGCCUGAUGUAGCUGAUCCAGAUUUGUUCGAGUGCAGAGAUCGACUUUGUAGAUGCAGGCCUGGAAAGUCAUCGAAAUAUUGCAGCGGAGCCUCGAGCAAUUCUGCAACAAUGCUUGCGGUGGUAUUUUUGUUCUUUGCAAAAUGUCUCACGUAAUUAAUAUUUCUUGUUUUACUGUAAUUUUCUACUUUCGCACCCUGAUGGAGAGCGUCGAAAAUUG